AAUGCAGCUACCAGGUAUUUGUAAGCUAGUAAACUUGGAACUUAGUGAUAUACCCUAUCGGUAAAAUGUAGAAUUAUAAAAUGCAAGAAAAUAAAAGUGAUUUAGGACUUUCUGUGGCUAAAAAGCUCUCAUAUUUAAAGGGAAUCAAAUUAGCAAGUGCAGUUGCACUAAUUCGGUCGAAGCCGUCUCAUCUCUCCGGUCAGCAAUAUGCGGAAUAUGUUGUCCACCAAACUAGCAAGCAGUUCAGUGCUACCGAUAAUACAACGACAGGAACGAACAAACUGCAAUCUCCAAAUUUCCUAACGUUCUUUAAUAAUGAACUACAGAGAUUGACUCCGCCAGUCACUUCUAGUCGUGAAUUAAAAGAUCAUUGUAAGUUUUUGAAUUCGUUGUUAAUCUCCAAAGGUUUAUCGAAGCAGAACCUGGGUAGUGAAUUGUUGCAAAGAGGUAAGCACACUGAAGAAAUUUCCAGGAUAAAGAUUUUAACUAGCAUAAGAUUUGUGGUGAGUUUUAUCCAAGAUGCUGUGACAAAGAAUUCAGUGUUUCUAAGCCCUUUGCUCAUAGUGGAAGCAGCAGAUAGUUUAAAGACAUGUCUACAAUACCUUGACAAACAUACACUAGGCAAAAGGUCCUCAAUUAAUGACCUGGAUAACGUGCUAGAGUCAGCUGUUGAAGAAUGCUCUCAUUUUUCUAAAUUUAUUCAAAAUCAGCUUUUACAUUCAUGUCAUUAUCAAGAAAAACAGUUUCGAGUGCUUAGCUUGUGUGUUCUGAGGAGGUUGAGUAGUUGUUCAUUAUUAUUUGUUAUCAUCGUGCAACAGCUGAUCAACUGCAUAUUCAGUGUAAGUUCACAGUUAAGGAAGACAGUGGAAGAUUCAAGCAAUGUUUCUUUAGACACGCAGAUUAUUUAUAACGCUGGUUAUAUAUUUCAAAUUCUUGAAGCAAUAUUAGAGGAUUUGUUUGAAAUGGAUGAAAUGUCAUCACAAACCAAUACUAGUUUUAUGAACAAUGAAAGUGUUUGUUUUGCUUCAUCGCCUUCAUUUUGUGAAGUUUCUGCUACAGAUACAUCAACAAACAAUACAAUAAAUACAAGUUCAAUACAUUUAAAGUACAACUUUGUUACAAGCAAAAAAAACCUUUCCGUUAUCAAGCAACAAAUGGAGGAAUGUUUUGUGCAUAUUUCACAAGAUUUUCCUCUGUUUUGUGCAUAUGUAUGGAAAAUAAAUCACGUUUUUCUGAAGUUAGCUAAUCGAAUAAAUAACUCCAGUGAUAAAUGUUUGUGACAAGUAUUUUAUAACAGCUCGUUGUGUCUGAAAAUGUGACAAUGUUAUGCUAUAGUCUAAUCAACUACUUUCUUAUGAAAAAAACAAUAUGAAAACAUUUAUUUUAUUGUUCUACAAGAUAUAUGUUUAGUGUUGGCGCAAGUUUGUAAUACAAUGAACAGAAAAAUGCUAAACCUUAUUUAAGGCAUGAAUUAUUGUAAUAUAUAUCAAUAUAUAGUUGCUCAAUAUAUAAUUCAAUGUAUUGGUAAAACAAAAUGAAACUUUAAUGUGUAGACUUGUUAAAUAAUGGAGACUUGUUAAAUUAUUUUUACAGAA